AUGUCACGGCAAAGGUAUAGAAGUGUACCUGUACAACAAAAGGUAGAAAAUAUCGAAAAGGUUUUUGCUGGAAACAAGAGAGCAGCUGCAAUGGUAAAGAAAUUAGUGGGCUGCGACCAACCGUGCGAUACCACAGGCGCAGCACCACCGCAGGCACCAUCUUCAAAAAAACCAUCACAACCUCGUGUAGGCGCAUCUCAGUCAAGCAAAUUUAAACCUCCAGGAGCUGUACGACCUUCAAGGACACCUUCCACUACUGGACAAGCAAAGCAAACACAGCUACAAGUACCGUCUAAAGCCGUACGUGCUCCAUCAAAAACCCCGAGUGGUAGUAGAUUACCACCAACGAGAGGCCCAACAAGAGCACAGCCAACUUCUACUGGACCUCCGUCUGCAGUCCCUUCUCGAAUGGCACCGAGUGGUAGAGGAGUACCACAAGCAACUAGAGGCCCACAAAGACCACCGCCAGGUACUGCUCGAUAUGGUAUUGGUAGAGGUAAGCCUCCCUUGAUAGAUAGCAAGCAGAUAGGUAGGGGUAAACCUGCACAGAUAGAACCUCCCCAAUAUGAACCUCCUAAACCGCCUGAAAGUCCUAAAAGGGAAGUACCGCCGCCAGCUCCUCAGACUCCUCCUCCUCCUCCUCGCCAACUUCCUCCAGGAGCUCAUUGGUUUAGUGGAAGAUUUAAGAUUCCAGUGCUUCCAAGAUCACCUAAAGGUCCACGACCAACCAGACCAACAAGAUCUCCAUUACCUCCACAAUCACAAGCUUAUUAUUCACCACCCAGAACACCAGCCGAAAUUAGAACACCUCCACCUUCUCCUGACUUGGCGAAAGAACGCGAUCUUGAUACAGAUGCUUAUUUAGCUAGAUUAAUGGCCCGACAUCCCGAUUUACCUCCACUGCCACCAGAGGUAAAGGUAGAACCUGAAACUCCUCCAUUUCAAGCACCGGAUGUAACUGAUAAAGAUAUAUUUGAUUUUCCUAUGCCCGAUUUUCCAGCUUCACCUCCACGUACAAUGGCAGGUCCUGAUUUUCCGUCUACACCCCCACGUCCUAUACCUAGGCCGAAAUGGAUGGAAACCCCCCCUUCUCCUGCGGUGUCUCCAAAAAUGAGGGAAAUGGUACUUCGAGCCGAUUUGGCUGAUAGCUGUCUUUAUCCUCCUGGUGGUGAAAGACCCACAAGAAAACGAGCUCCACCUCCAAAAAUGCCAGUAAUUCCUGGAUCUCCCCCACCUACAGAUGAAUUUGGUUUACCAACUCGAGUUCAAUAUUCGCCACUGUAUAAAUUUAUAGAACAUCCCAGAUACAAAGAACUCUAUCCGGAAACACCAAAGCAGGCAAGUCCUCCUCCAGCUCCCCCGAGUCCCCCUCGAGAAGCAGAACCUCCAGAAGCCCGGAAGCAAUUAUUUCCGCCAGGACCUCCACAAGCGACUGGUGCUGUUCGAGGCCCAGGCAGACCAGGUAAAGGUGUUCCAAGUAUCAAAAUAACUGGAGCUGCUCCUCAACGUGGAGCUCCUCAAAGAACAGCUCCCACACGACAAGCUCCUACACGAGCAGGUCCACCAGGAGCAGUUCCUUCACGAGGAGCUCCUCCUCGAGGAGCCCCUUCCCGUGCAGCUCCUCCGGGGGCACGUGCAGCUCCUCCACGUGCAGGUCCUCCUGGCGCAGCUCCUCAACGCACAGCACCUUCACGUACAGGUCCUCCGGGUGCAGCUCCAUCGCGUACAGGUCCUCCGGGGGCAGCUCCCUCACGAACAGGUCCCCCACGUGGAGCUCCUCCAAGAGGAGCGCCUCCACGAGGAGGUCCUCCUCCAAGAGGAGCUCCUCCACGAGGUGGUCCUCCUCCAAGAGGAGCUACUCCACGAGGAGGUCCUCCUCAAGUGGGAGACCAGCAACGUUCCUCAGUCACUCGACCGGCUACAAGAGCACGACCCUCUGCGUCAGCCCCAGCUUCUAAAACAAGGAUCAGCCGUGACACUUCUCAAGCUAGGGACACCUCUAGAUGUCCAAGAAAAUCUUAG